AUGGAAGGAAAAGGUCCGUACCGCAUCUACGAUCCGGGUGGGAGUGACGUCAAGACCAGAGAUGAGGCUGUCGGAGGAAGCAGCUAUCGACAGCUCCUGGAGGAAAACAGUAUGCUGAGGGAGAGGAUGAAAGGUCUGAAGAGCCUUGGCGAUUUGCUCGAAGAGUCUCAGUUAGAAGCGUCGAGGCUUCGUCAGCGAGUGGAGGAACUCGUGAGGGACAACGAAGCGCUCAAGUCCUCCAGCUUCGCGGCCAGUCUGUGUGCCGGCGGUGGUCACGGUCAGACGGAAACACAAAGUAAACCUUGUUUACGUUCCGCUGCUGAGCCGAAAGAAGCGGAUGCGAGCUGUUUAGCGAGACCUAACAGACUUAAUGACGCCUUAUCAGAGUUCGAGGUGGUCAAUAUGGACAGAAGGACGUCAGACGCCUUGACCGCCCGGUCGGCUGUCGGAGUAAUCCCCCUCCUGCCGCAGGAGAACGUCGAGCUGGCGAGCCAGCUGAAGAAAUUGGAGAGCUCCUUUAGCUUGUUUGCGGAGGAGUCCAACCCAAACCAGCUAUUAGCUCACCUUGGUCGAAUGGCUGUGGAGUUUCACCAUCUUUCCUCGAAGGUGCAAAAGAAUGAACAGAGGACGUCACUUCUACAGACCCUGUGUGAGCAGCUCAGGCAGGAGAACAAUGAGCUUCGGAAAAAAAUGGAAGAGGAUCAUCAUAUUAGGAAUCGAGACUUGGAACAGCUGAGGCAAGAAAAUCAGAAACUUAAGGAGCUAGUGACAGGAGGAGCAGCAGCAGUAGUGACAUCAACAACAACAGAAACAGCAGCAGCGUCAUCAUCAUCAUCAUCUACGGCAGCGUCGGACACUGAAGCUUCCGAUACCAAAGAUGAGCCAGUUAAAGAGGAAUGUGACGUGGUGAGAUCUAAGACGGAAGCCUCCACUCCACAGAAGAGUGGAAAAGCUGCUGAGAAAAGCCCAAGUAAACCUUGUGAUGUUGAGGUUUAUGAAAAGAAGAUCAAGCUCCUAGAGAAACAAAGAAAAGAUGUACUAGAGGUGAAUAAGCAGUGGGACAUUCAGUGGAAUUCAAUGAAGUCACAGUUUGAACAGAAGAUCACUGACCUCAGACAGAGGCUGGCCGAUUCCCAGAAGACUGUGGUUGAGCUAGAGGCUGAGCGAGAGCAGAGGCAGCGUGACUACGACAAGAAACUGCUACUAGCAAAGUCCAAGAUUGAAAACGUGCAGGGUGAGAAGGAGUGUCUCAACACCGAGGCGACAGAGCUGAAGCAGAAAGUUCGCUACCUGCAAGACCAGCUAUUACCCCUUAGCAAACAGCGAGAAUACCAGGAGAAAGAAAUCCAACGGCUCAACAGGGCCUUAGAAGAAGCCUUAAAUUUGCAUGCCCCUUCAUCCUCCCAACCACAGCCUGGCCAAGAUGCUGCCAAUAACCUGAAAAAGCAGGAACUGCUCACCCAAAUUGCUGUUUUAAAAGAACAGGUGAAAAUCUUUGAAGAAGACUUCCGAAAAGAACGCAGUGACAGGGAGCGAAUGAAUGAGGAAAAAGAAGACCUGAGGCGGCAAGUGGAGCGACUGCAGAUUCAAAUUACUAAUUUGACCAAUCAGCUGCAUCAGGCACAGAGCGAGUGUCAGCGUGAACACACCGAGAGAUGCAAGCUAGAAAGACUGCAGAUGCAGCACCACAAGCAGGGGCAGCAGCAGAAAAGACGUACCUCAGACCCCACGUCAGGCUCAGUGAACGGCCCGCUGAGCCCCCCCUACUGUGGUCCCUUUGUGCAGGUGGGACCGCCGGGCCUUGAGGGCUGGCCCGUAAACUUCCAUCCCCGGAUGCCCAAUGCAGCAGGCGCCGCAGCUCCGCCCCCCGUACGAGACUUCCAGCCUGUUAACCUGGGUUUUCCGUGGCAGUCUUCGUCAUUUCUACAACCCAGAGCAGCCAGAGCGGUGGGGGAGAGUUCACGACUGGCUCCAGACACAGCUGGAGGAGGAGCAGCGGCACCAGCAGGAGGAUUUGGAAAAAGGGAGCGACAGAAUAUAGAUCCUGGAAAGCACUAA